AAUAUUUUUAUAAAUACUAAGUGGGGUUACGCCAAAACAGUUUAAGCUCUUAUCAUAGAAACUAGUGCUUUGUCGAAUCAUAAAAUAGCACUGCAAAAUUGGAGGGUAUCUAAGUCUUUUCACAAGACGUAUAAUUGUGUAUCUAAGAUAGACUGAAGUAAGAAAGCAAGUAAGAAAGUAAAAAAGCGGAGGUAUUGCAAAAUAGUGUAGAUGACGAGGAAGAGCCGAACGUUCAAUGGAUGCUGGACUUGUCGGUCUCGGAAGGUUAAAUGUGAUCUUGAAAAGCCCCAUUGUAAUCGAUGUAAAAAAUCCGGUCUUAAUUGUGCUGGGUAUAAUAUAAUUCUUGGCUGGUCCAAUCCAUUAACCAUAUCUCCAAAUGAUAAUUCACUUAUCAGUUUAGAUAUCGAAGAUGAAAAGAAUGAUUUCCAGAGAAGAAAUGUGGAUUUAGUUAAGUACCCAGAAUCAAUGACUUAUAGAACGUAUAAAGUAUUGAAUGAAGAGUUAGAAAAAUUGGAUGAAUAUGUGUUACAGAAUCGUUAUAAGAUUCGAAUAGGUCCAUUUAGUGUUUAUAAAGUUAAACAUAAUAAUGUGCAUGCAAUGAAGAGGAAACUAAAUCUUCACAAUGGCCCGAGAUCGAAAUCUAGACCAUCUCCAAAUCAUCCCUAUCAGCUCACUGAAGUUAUCCACCCUACAGAGAAGAUUUCAAAUAUAAGAUCAGAGAUUACUUUUCUGCCAUCCCCCAUUAGUGAAAGUCCAGCUAAGAAAUAUAAUAUCAAUAAUGAGUCUAUAUUCUCCAAGACGAAUAAUACUUGGGUUCAUAAUGAAUUAUUGGACUAUGCCAAAUUAACUAUUUUAGGUAUCAAAGGUUCCAGUUACAAGUUUAAUGAACAGAGUAUGCUUCAUAUCUUAUAUCCUAAUUUCUUCCCCAAUAUUGAUUCUGAUGAUUGGACAGUCGAUUCAGAAUUCAUUCGUAAUAAGUUAUAUCAUUAUAAUUCUGAUCGGAGCCAAUUAACCAUCGAAUCAUUAUUCCGGUCGCUAUUAAACGGUUUCAAUUCGCAAGUGUUCUCUUUCAAUCGAGUUCAUUGGCCCAAUAAUUACUUUGAUACGUUAAUAAUUCCAUAUAUCAAUAACAUCAUUUGUCAAUUCAUAUGCUAUGAUUUUGGAGAAUGGGAUAAGAAUUUCAAUCUUCGGUAUAAUACUGACUAUACUGAUAUUGAAUUCAGACAGAAUAUUAAAUUCGCUAUAAUCAACUUAGUGUUUGGAAUACUAGCGAUAAAGAAAUCUCGAGAACUUAAUGAGAAUGUAAUCAAUGAUUAUGAUUCAUACUAUGUUGAUGAGUAUUUGAAGCUAAGUAUAGAAUUGAGAAAGUUAAGUAUUGGAAUUGUCAAUCAUCAUUUAGACGAAUACGACAGUGACAGUAACUCGGAUGAUUCAUUUGAGUAUGAGAAUUCCUUAUUGUUAGCAUUAAUCUUGCAAGUAGAGCUUGACAAUACUUUCAGCAUCUACGAGAACUUUGAUCUCAUCUAUGCCAUUGGUGAUCAUAUCAUUAAGGACAAGUUUAACAAAUCUAAAUUGUCCAACUUAACGAAAUUCCUUGUAAUUGCUUUUAAGAUCAGCUAUAUGUUUUAUGAAAGCACACAGUCCAUUAACGAAGAUAACUAUUCUAUUGCCAUGGGGGAUGAGAUCCUUAACUAUCGAGACUUGAACGAUACAUAUGAUCUAGUUAAGGAGAAGGGUAAUGAAGAAGAUGAGGAAGAAGAGGAUGAUGACGACGACGAUGAUGAUGAUGACGAUGAUGAUAAGAAAGAUAUUCAAAUUAAGCCUACUAUCCUGAACUUAGUCAUUUCCAGUUCGAAGGAAUCCGUCAACGAUAACAUGUCGUCAUAUACACCUAUGUCAUUUACUAUUAGCUUUAAUAAGAGAAACUUAGGAGGGUACGAUGAAGCCGAGAGAUCCGAAUUACCACUUAAUGAAUCCCUCAAACGGAAGAGAAGUGACUCAAUUAUACCUAUCCCAUUCAAGGUCAAUUUCACCACUAUUGACAAUACUUCGAUUCAUCUCAUGUACGGAAUCCCUAAAUCAUUACUAGACAUAUUUCAUGAGAUUAUUCAUUUAACCAAUCACAAGAAUAUAUUCAAUAAGCAACGAGUAUUCCCUCGGAAUUUCCCCAAGAUCUGUGCAGAUAUCGAAGAUAAGCUUAUUACGUGGGAUAUCAAUCGGACAUGGGAAUUAAAUAUCGAGGAGAAUAUAGUUCAUAGAUGUAUCUACUAUCAUGUAUUAUCAUUCCAACAAGCCAUUAUCGUUUACUUCUAUCGCUUAAUAAAGAAUAGUCGACAUGAUCAACUGGUCUUGAAAUCUAUAGAGUAUCUUGACCAAUUAAUUUUGGUACUUAAGCAAUAUCCUGAAGUUCAAAUUAAGCCACUAUUCUGGAGUUUACUAGUUUGUGGCUCGGAACUUAAAGCAUCGGAUGUAAAGUCACAAGAUCAAAUUAUAAGUCUAUGGCAACAAGUAGAAAAACAUAAUAUUGUACAAUUUAAUUAUUGGAGAGGAAAACAGAUUUUGUACGAGAUCUGGAAUCGUAAAGAUAUGGGAGAAGAACUCUCAUUUAUGGAUAUGGUUCGGGAAUGGGAUAUUAAGUUGUGUUUAGGUUGAAACUAGGAACGUUGAGAUUGAGGGAGUAUUUCCGGAAUGGGAAUCCGCUCCUCGACUUCCUAAAAUUUAACUUAGUUCAAUUCUCAAUUUAGCCAAUUUCAAGUUCCAAAUACUGGAACAUCUAAUCAUAGGUCAUGCUAGAUUGUGUGCACCCCACUUUUAAACCGUUUACGAUAUUCGGUUGUAGAAGAAGUAUGGGGUGGACUUUCCCACUCCAAAAUGUUCCUUUCAUGGGAGUGUUUCCGGAAUAGGUGUUAAAGGUAGAGACGAUACAAAUGUUAUUAGUUCACUUGGCAUUACUUCGUAUUC